AUGGCGGCGAACCCUGCCGCCAACUCUGGUGCCGAUGAUACUCGCCGAGUCAUUAAGCAGCCAGGAAAGCCACUGCCUAUCAAGGACCAACUGAAUCACCCCCCGGACAGCGUUUCAGAUGAAGGCCAUGCUCGAAACCAGCAUGCUUUGGGCACAAGAAAAGGCCGAUGCUCACACGGUCCAAAGAAAUGGCACAAAACUCACACCUGUUCUUACUUACGUCCUGAUCUUCGAGACAACGAAUGA